AAAAAAAAAAAAAAAAAAAACCAACCUCUCUCUCUCUCUCUCUCUCUCUACACCAAUGGCCAAAUCCUGCAAACACCCGUUACUUCUCUCUCUAACAUUCUUCACAUUCUUCUUCGUUCACACCUCAUCUUCACCAUCUGAGCUAGAAAUUCUCCUCACAUUCAAAUCCUCCAUUGAAGACUCAAAGAAUUCUCUCUCCACUUGGUCCAACACCUCACAAACUCACUACUGCAAGUGGACUGGAAUCACUUGCUCGCCAACUUCACCGCCUUCUGUGACUUCCAUAAACCUCCAAAGCCUGAAUCUUUCCGGCGAAAUCUCUUCCUCAGUUUGCAAACUCGCCAAUCUUUCUUAUCUCAACCUUGCUGACAACUUUUUCAACCAGCCCAUUCCUCUUCAGCUCUCGGGGUGUAGCUCUCUGGAGAGUCUGAAUCUCAGCAACAAUCUCAUCUGGGGAACAAUCCCAGAUCAGAUUUCUCAGCUUGGUUCAAUAAAAGUGCUUGAUUUGAGCAGGAACCAUGUGGAGGGGAAAAUCCCAGAAAGCAUUGGACUUUUGAGGAAGCUCAAAGUUGUUAUCUUGUCCAACAAUCUGCUCUUGGGUAAUGUACCUUCUUCUGUUUUUGGGAACUUGUCUGAGCUUGUUGUUCUUGAUUUGUCUCAAAAUCCUUACUUGGUGAGUGAGAUUCCCAGUGAUGUUGGGAAGCUUGAGAGGCUUGAGCAGCUUUUGUUGCAAAGUUGUGGUUUUCAUGGUCAGAUUCCUGAGUCUUUUCUGGGUUUGCAAAGCUUGACCAUUUUGGACCUUUCCCAGAAUAAUCUUACUGGAAAGGUUCCUAAAACACUAGGUUCUUCUCUCAAGAACUUGGUGUCUUUUGAUGUCUCAGAGAAUAAGCUUUUGGGGUCUUUCCCUGAUGAUAUAUGUAGUAGUAAAAAGGGUGUUAUAAACCUUAGUCUUCAUACAAAUCUAUUUAGUGGUCCAAUUCCUAGCUCCAUUAAUGAGUGCUUGAAUCUUGAGAGAUUUCAAGUUCAGAACAACUUGUUCUCUGGUGAUUUCCCAAAUGGGCUAUGGUCAUUGCCCAAAAUCAAGCUUAUUAGAGCUGAAAACAAUCUUUUUUCGGGGCCAAUACCCGAGUCCAUAGCCAUGGCUGCUCAACUUGAGCAAGUUCAGAUAGAUAACAACAGCCUCACAGGUGUAAUUCCUCAGGGUCUUGGACAUGUCAAGAGCUUGUAUAGAUUCUCUGCCUCUCUUAAUGGUUUCUAUGGUGAAAUCCCUCCGAACUUUUGCGACUCUCCUGUUAUGAGUAUAAUAAAUCUUUCCCACAACUCCCUUUCUGGUGAAAUUCCUGCGCUGAAAAAAUGCAGGAAACUUGUGUCAUUGUCUUUGGCAAACAAUAGCCUUACUGGGAAAAUCCCACCUUCUCUUGCUGACUUACCAGUUUUGACUUAUCUCGAUCUUUCGGAUAAUAAUCUCACCGGUCCAAUCCCUCAAGGGCUUCAGAAUUUGAAGCUUGCCUUGUUCAAUGUGUCCUUCAAUCGGCUAUCUGGAAAGGUUCCCUAUUCGUUGAUUUCGGGUCUUCCAGCUUCGUUUCUUCAAGGGAAUCCUGAUCUCUGCGGCCCGGGAUUGCCAAAUUCGUGUUCUGAUGAAGAAGAGCCUGGACACCAUGAUGCCGGUCUUACAACAUUGACAUGUGCUCUGAUCUCUUUGGCUUUUGCUGUUGGAACUAUGAUUGUUGUUGCCGGGUUUAUUUUGUACCAACGAUCACACAAGCGGAGAUCCCAAGUUGGUGUGUGGCGUUCGGUUUUCUUCUAUCCUCUUAGGGUCACCGAGCAUGAUUUGGUUAUGGGAAUGGAUGAUAAGAGUGCCGUGGGAAGUGGUGGAGUUUUCGGAAGAGUUUACGUUCUAAGUUUGCCUAGUGGUGAACGUGUUGCUGUGAAGAAGCUUGUUAACUUUGAAACUCAGUCCUCGAAAGCUUUGAAGGUCGAAAUCAAGACGUUGGCCAAGAUCAGGCAUAAGAACAUUGUUAAAGUUCUGGGAUUUUGCCAUUCUGAGGAUUCAAUCUUUUUAAUUUAUGAGUUCCAACCUAAUGGGAGUUUGGGAGACUUGAUUAGCAGAGAGGAUUUUCGACUUGAGUGGAGUGUUAGAAUGAAAAUUGCAAUUGGGGUUGCUCAAGGACUAGCAUAUCUUCACAAGGAUUAUGUUCCUCAUUUACUCCACAGAAAUGUCAAAUCCAGAAAUAUCCUUCUGGAUGAGGAUUUUGAACCAAAACUGACAGAUUUCGCUCUUGAUCGGAUUGUGGGAGAAGCUGCGUUCCAGUCAACAAUAACAUCUGAAUCUCCUUUCUCCUGUUACAAUCCACCAGAAUAUGGAUAUAGUAAGAAACCAACUGAACAAAUGGAUGUGUACAGAUUUGGUGUUGUGUUGCUAGAGCUAGUCACAGGCAGGCCAGCUGAGCAAUCUGAAUCAGUCGAUUCCCUUGACAUUGUGAAGUGGGUGAGAAGGAAAGUUAACAUCACAAAUGGAGUUUUUCAGGUUCUUGAUCCCAAUGUAUCAAGUUCUUCGCAACAAGAGAUGCUAGAAGCUCUUGAUCUCGCUCUCCGUUGCACUUCUGUGAUGCCGGAGAAGAGACCAUCGAUGUUUGAAGUCGUGAAGUUGUUGCAGUCUCUUGGUUCAAAGACCAAUGUCUCCAGUGUAGAGUUCUCUGCUUUUCAAGAUCAUUUAGUCCCAGUUUGAAACCUGAACAAGAAAACUACACCAUUUCUCUCUACUUUGCCUUUAAUGUAAAUCCAAUUCUGAUAGGGAAGGGUAAGUUUGGGCAUGGAUUUUGUCUAUCUUCCAACUGGAAUCUGUUUUGGGGUUUUUAUCAAAUCUUAUUGGCUUUUACAAUGUAAUAUUAUUAGUUCACAACCUAUGAAUGGCAUCUCAUAUAUAUUAUCGAGAGAUGUUGCUGAUAUUUAAUCUCAUGCAUGA